UCUUCUGGUCAAAACCUCUCUGAAUCACGAAAUAUUGGUAGGGUCGGUAAUCGAAUGAUGGGAGGAGGUACUGGUCUCCAGUCACAUCUUGCAGACCCGAUGUAUCAUCAGUAUGCAAGGUUCUCUGAAAAUGCUGAUUCGUUUGAUCUUCUUAAUGACCCUUCAAUGGACAGGAGCUAUAUGGGUAAUUCAUACAUGAAUAUGCUUGAACUUCAGAGGGCUUAUCUCGGAGCUCAGAAAUCACAGUAUGGUCUUCCUUACAAAUCAGGGAGUCCUAACAGCCAUAGCUAUUAUGGUAGUCCAACAUUUGGGUCUAAUAUGUCAUAUCCUGGCAGCCCAUUGGCUCAUCCUGGUAUGCCAAAUUCUCUUAUGUCACCUUAUAGCCCUAUGAGACGAGGUGAAGUUAAUAUGCGAUAUCCGUCUGCAACAAGAAACUAUUCCGGAGGGGUAAUGGGUUCUUGGCACAUGGAUGCUAGUUUGGAUGAAGGCUUUGGAUCUUCAAUGCUUGAAGAGUUCAAAAGUAACAAAACAAGAGGAUUCGAACUUUCUGAAAUAGCUGGCCAUGUUGUAGAGUUCAGUUCGGAUCAAUACGGGAGCCGGUUUAUUCAGCAGAAACUCGAGACAGCAACAACUGAUGAGAAAAACAUGGUUUAUGAGGAGAUCAUGCCACAAGCUCUAGCCCUGAUGACUGACGUUUUUGGAAACUAUGUGAUUCAGAAGUUCUUUGAGCAUGGACUCCCACCACAGAGGAGAGAAUUGGGCGAGAAACUCAUUGACAAUGUUUUGCCUCUUAGCUUACAGAUGUAUGGUUGUCGUGUCAUCCAGAAGGCAAUUGAGGUGGUUGAUCUAGACCAGAAAAUUAAAAUGGUGAAAGAACUUGAUGGACAUGUGAUGCGAUGUGUACGUGAUCAGAAUGGGAACCAUGUGGUUCAAAAGUGUAUCGAAUGUGUGCCUGAAGAAAACAUCGAGUUUAUUAUUUCGACUUUCUUUGGCCAUGUUGUGACCCUCUCCACUCACCCAUACGGUUGCCGUGUUAUUCAGAGAGUAUUGGAACACUGCCAUGACCCUGAUACGCAGAGUAAGGUUAUGGAAGAAAUCCUGUCUACUGUUAGUAUGUUGGCCCAAGAUCAGUACGGAAACUAUGUUGUUCAGCAUGUACUGGAGCAUGGAAAGCCUGAUGAGCGCACCGUGAUAAUCAAAGAGUUAGCUGGAAAGAUUGUUCAGAUGAGCCAGCAGAAGUUUGCAUCAAACGUUGUUGAGAAAUGUUUGACUUUUGGAGGGCCAGAGGAACGGGAAUUGCUCGUGAAUGAGAUGCUUGGCACAACUGAUGAAAAUGAGCCUCUUCAGGCGAUGAUGAAGGAUCAGUUUGCAAACUAUGUAGUGCAAAAAGUCCUUGAGACAUGCGAUGACCAACAGCGUGAACUGAUACUUACUCGUAUUAAGGUGCAUCUUAAUGCUUUGAAGAAGUACACUUAUGGAAAGCAUAUCGUUGCCCGUGUUGAAAAACUUGUUGCUGCUGGAGAGAGGAGAAUGGCUUUGCAGUCAUUAACCCAGCCUCUGGUGGCUUAAGGCCACAAGUCUUGUACAGCUUAACUAGGGUGGAUGGCUCUGCCAUAACGUUUUGAGAAUUAGGUAAGAUCUAAACCAAAAAUCUGCGGAGAAAUUAUAAAAGAGAGCUUUGUUUUGUUCUCCGCAAAAUCUGUACAUUGUGUAGGUUCUUACCGUUUUGACUAUACAUAGAACCAAACAUCCCCCUUAGGCUGAUGAGUGAGUGAAAAAGGCAGAGAAUGGUGUAAAGAAAAAUGGUGAGGAUUUUAGAGUUUUUCCUUUCACAUGUACAAAAAGAAUGGCUCUUGUGCCAAUGUGUAGAAUGCUUUUUAGAACAAUCCCAGUUUAUUUCACGAGAAACUUUUUUCUG